CCGAUUUGUGUAUUCAUUUGUGCUGUGAUUUUGUACAAACAAUUUAUUUAUUUUAUUAAUUAAAAUUAGCACGUCGAGUCUUUUAUUAUUUAUAAUAGCUUCCUCUAUACCUGUACUUUAAUUAGAAGACUGUUGAAAGCCAAAUUAAUCAUUAGUCGUUUACAUUUUUUACUUAAUUGUAAUCUGCAGUGCAGAAUAUAAAUACCUCACAUAUACAUUAUCGUAUUUAGCACAAAUUUUAUUUAUAAAACGGUGUGCGCCUCGGUGCGAUAAAUAUUAUUUUGCCGCAUAUUGGUGCAUUGCUGGUGGCAUCAUGAAGCGUCAAAACGUCCGCACUCUAUCCCUGGUGGUGUGCACGUUUACGUAUUUGCUGAUUGGCGCGGCAGUUUUCGACGCCUUAGAAUCUGAAACUGAGAGCAAGAGAUGGGAAGUUCUGUCUGACAUGAGGAAUGGCCUUAUGCGCAAAUACAACAUAACGCCUGAAGACUACCACAUGAUAGAGAUAGUUAUAAUAGAGAACAAGCCCCACAAAGCGGGGCCCCAGUGGAAGUUUGCCGGAGCAUUCUAUUUUGCCACUGUUGUGCUGGCUAUGAUUGGGUAUGGACACUCCACACCUGUGACUGUUGGGGGCAAAGCGUUUUGUAUGGCAUAUGCCAUGGUGGGCAUUCCCCUAGGACUCGUAAUGUUCCAGAGCAUAGGCGAGCGUCUGAACAAGUUCGCGUCAGUUGUGAUACGCAGGGCUAAGUGUUACCUGCGGUGCGAGACCACGGAGGCCACGGAAAUGAACCUCAUGUUCGCCACGGGAAUGUUGUCUAGUAUUAUUAUUACUACAGGUGCCGCGGUGUUCUCUCGUUAUGAGGGCUGGAGUUACUUCGACAGCUUCUACUAUUGCUUUGUGACGCUGACAACUAUCGGCUUCGGGGACUAUGUGGCGUUACAGAACGACCAAGCGUUGACUAGUAAGCCAGGCUAUGUAGCCCUGAGUUUAGUGUUCAUUCUCUUCGGGCUAGCGGUGGUAGCGGCUAGCAUCAACUUGCUGGUGCUUCGCUUUAUGACCAUGCAAGCAGAAGAAAACGCCCGCGACGAGGAGAAAGAAGCCGCCCGGACCAUACUGCAACUCGAUGCGCAUGGUCUCGAGGGCCGCCACCACGAUGACCAGGCUUCGGUAAGCGACGUGUGCUCAUGUAACUGCCUGGGGAGCAAGGCGUGCGAGGGCGAGCUGCUGCCCGCCUCCACGCAUAGGGGCUCGCUGGAGAUACUUGAACGAGCCUCCGUCUGAACACAUGGAGAAUCAGCCACUACUCAGUGGAGCUUUGCAAAAAUCACCACCUUAACUCUUAGAGCAUUUAGUAUCUGGCAUCAGUAGCGGAUUUGCAGUCUUUGCCGCCCAAGGCCCCAGGCCCUAUAGCCGCCCCUUUCGCAGUACCCAUCAUAUUGACUACAUUUUAAGUAUUUUUUUGUUAUCAUCAGUGAUUUUUUUGUCACAAUUUGCCGCCCCUAACUUUUUGCCGCCCUAGGCCCGGGCCUACUGGGCCUUAGGGCAAAUCCGCCACUGGUAUCUGGAGACACCUUGGCUGUCGGUUUGUGUGCAAAACAGUCUGGCGAUUUUAGCGGGGAAGGGGCACGUUAAAUGUAUGGCUACUUGUACGUGAUUUGUACGUAACGUACAAAUAGCCAUGUCAGAUAAUCAUGUCCAUAAAAUGUUUGCACAAUUGUGCAAGGUUUUCGGAAGAGGGGUAAGCUCUUAAAGGCGACUCCGGUUAUUAAAUGCUCUAAGCCUUAACUACACAUACCUACAUAAAUAGUUUAACACCUAAUUUCGUUUUCUGGACGAGUAUGGGCAAUUUAAAAAUUUAAAUAACAUUUACAAUAAAGGCCUAUGGUCGGUCGUGUUCAAAUAUGGUUUUGGUCCGGUUCAAAAGGCACUCUCUAAACUAGGCUCCCUAAAAUAUUAAAUAUGUUGAAAAAUACAGUUAAAAUUGAAAUGAUAAUAAAUAACGGUAACUGUCUUAACUAAGAUUAAGCUUAAAGAAUGACGAAGAUAAAGGGAAAUUAAUGAAACGCCGUUAAGUACUUCAGAUAAAUAAAAAGUCAAUAAUUAGAGAUAUAAACUAAUUUUAAUUACCUCGCCUCGGCGUCGAAUUUAACGUACUUAAUUGUACCUAAAUAAAAUAACAGUAUUAAAUAAAUACUAAAAUGACGAUGAUAAUGCAUUUGAACUUAUUAAACCAGUGAGUUUAAACUUAUUCUAAGGUCGUCUUAAGUGUGCUAUAGUUAGUUUUUUUUAGCAUUAGAAAUAAGGUAAACAAUCUUGAUGUGUCUUUUAAUUGAAAAACACAUUUUAAAAAUAAGUUACGGCAAAUAUGUAACAAUUAUGAAUCUAAUACGAUCAUUUAUAUUCUUCAGCUUUUUAAAAAGCGUUUUUCAAUUAAAAGACAUGUCAAGAUCGCUUACCUUCUUUCAAGUUCUUUCUAAUGCUAAAAAAAACGAACUAUAGUCAUGCAUUAACAGCAGUGCUUCUUUUCCUCUUAAAAGUUGGUAGGGCUUCCCCUUUUUAUUCAUAAAUGCAAUUUAUAAUAAGAUAUUUAAUUAUUUAUUCAUUCAUAUUUGCAAAGCAUAUUUGUUUUGUUAUUUAACUUAUUAUAGUAAAUGUUGUGGGAUGAAAUCCUUUUAUUCAA